GUUGGCUGGUGUGAUAUAGAGAAUCUGACUGCUGUGUCACUUCUCGCCACUAUAAAUACUCCCCGCUGAUCUCCUCUCACCCUCGCGCUCCUUUGCCAUCCUCUGCUCUUGUGCCGUUCUCUGCGACCGCUUCAUCAGCCGCCCUACGAGAAAGAUGGCCUCACACAUUGUUGGAUAUCCUCGCAUGGGUCCUAAGAGAGAGCUCAAGUUUGCAUUGGAAUCCUUUUGGGAUAAGAAGAGUAGUGCCGAUGAUUUGCAAAAGGUUGCAACUGAUCUCAGGCAUUCCAUUUGGAAGCAAAUGGCUGGUGCUGGGAUCAAACACAUUCCUAGCAAUACCUUCUCUUACUAUGAUCAAGUGCUUGAUACCACGGCAAUGCUUGGUGCUGUUCCUGAGAGGUACAAUUUCACUGGUGGAGAGAUUGGGUUCGAUACCUAUUUCUCUAUGGCCAGGGGAAAUGCCUCUGUGCCUGCUAUGGAGAUGACCAAGUGGUUUGACACCAACUAUCACUUCAUUGUUCCUGAGUUGGGUCCAACCACAAAGUUCUCCUACUCUUCUCACAAGCCAGUGUCUGAAUACAAGGAGGCAAAGUCUCUCGGAAUUGAGACAGUUCCGGUGCUUAUUGGUCCUGUGACUUAUUUGUUGCUCUCAAAACCUGCUAAAGGUGUUGAGAAAUCAUUUUCGCCUCUGACACUUCUUGGAGAUAUUCUGCCAAUUUACAAGGAAGUUAUCACUGAGCUGAAGGCAGCUGGCGCUUCAUGGAUUCAGUUUGAUGAGCCAACCCUUGUAAAGGAUCUUGAGUCCCACCAAUUGGAAGCAUUUACAAAGGCCUACACAGAACUAGAAUCAUCAUUGUCUGGCUUAAAUGUGCUUGUAGAGACAUACUUUGCUGAUGUACCUGCAGAAGCCUACAAGACCAUCACUGCAUUGAAGAGUAUCUCAGGUUUUGGAUUUGAUCUUGUGCGUGGAACCAAGACACUUGACUUGGUCAAAAGUGUAGGCUUCCCUGCUGGCAAGUAUCUUUUUGCUGGAAUUGUGGAUGGAAGGAACAUCUGGGCUAAUGAUCUUGCAUCCUCUCUCAGUACACUGCAGGCUCUUGAGGCCAUUGUUGGCAAAGACAAGCUUGUUGUCUCGACUUCAUGCUCUCUCAUGCACACUGCCGUUGACCUUAUCAAUGAAACAAAAUUGGAUAGUGAGAUUAAGUCUUGGCUUGCUUUUGCGGCACAAAAAGUGGUCGAAGUGAAUGCAUUGGCAAAAGCAUUGGCUGAUCAGAAAGAUGAGGCUCUCUUCUCGGCAAAUGCCGCCGCUCAGGCUUCAAGAAAGUCAUCUCCUAGGGUGACCAAUGAAGAAGUUCAGAAGGCUGCUGCUGCUUUGAAGGGCUCCGACCAUCGCAGAGCUACAAAUGUUAGUGCCAGGCUAGAUGAACAACAGAAGAAGCUAAACCUUCCAAUUCUGCCUACGACCACAAUAGGUUCAUUCCCACAGACAAUGGAUCUUCGAAGAGUCCGACGUGAAUACAAGGCAAAUAAAAUCUCUGAGGAGGAGUACGUGAAGGCCAUCAAAGAGGAAAUUAACAAAGUUGUCAAGAUCCAAGAAGAACUUGACAUUGAUGUCCUGGUCCAUGGAGAGCCUGAGAGAAACGACAUGGUUGAAUACUUUGGGGAACAGUUAUCCGGCUUUGCAUUCACAGUCAAUGGCUGGGUGCAAUCUUAUGGGUCUCGAUGUGUUAAGCCUCCCAUCAUUUAUGGCGAUGUUAGUCGUCCCAAAGCGAUGACUGUCUUCUGGUCCAAAAUGGCUCAGAGUAUGACUGCUCGCCCAAUGAAGGGAAUGUUGACUGGCCCUGUCACAAUUCUUAACUGGUCAUUUGUUAGGAAUGACCAACCAAGGUUUGAGACUUGCUAUCAGAUUGCUCUUGCCAUCAAGAAAGAAGUUGAGGAUUUGGAAGCUGCUGGUAUUCAGGUUAUUCAGAUUGAUGAAGCAGCUUUAAGAGAAGGCCUUCCUCUUCGCAAGUCGGAGCAGGCUUUCUAUUUGGAUUGGGCUGUCCACUCCUUCAGAAUCACCAACUGCGGUGUCCAAGAUACCACUCAAAUUCACACCCACAUGUGUUAUUCUAACUUCAACGACAUCAUUCAUUCCAUCAUCGAUAUGGAUGCCGACGUGAUCACAAUCGAGAAUUCACGCUCUGAUGAGAAGCUUCUCUCUGUGUUCCGUGAGGGAGUGAAGUAUGGUGCUGGUAUUGGUCCCGGGGUGUAUGACAUCCACUCUCCCAGGAUACCAUCCACAGAAGAGAUUGCCGAUCGCAUCAACAAAAUGCUUGCUGUUCUUGAGACCAACAUUCUCUGGGUUAACCCCGACUGCGGGCUCAAAACCCGCAAAUAUGCCGAAGUCAAGCCUGCUCUUACCAACAUGGUUUCUGCGGCCAAGAUUCUUCGCACCCAACUUGCCAGCGCCAAGUGAUGACUGACCAACCUAAGCUAAUCAAGAAUUCUCUACUUUUGUCCAAUAAUAUUAAUCCGAGUUGUGUCGAGCCGUGCUGGUUGUAGGGAUAUCAGGUUUAUGUUUUAUUAGUUCUUCUAUUUGCCUAAGUUGUCUUGUGGACUUUCCUACAUUUGAAAUCCAACAGAAAUGAGAUUGUGGGUGUGA